CAGAGACGUUGGUCGUGAACGAAAGGUGAACCGUGCCAAAUGGCCCUUCAUAGGCACAGGUACCUGCUGUAGCACCACUCACUCACGCUGAGCUGGUGGCAGGCAUUACGUAUCUAGGCGCCCUGCGCCACCUGUGGCCGCAGCUCUUCCAGGCCAAAGCAUUCCAUGUCAACACCUCCCCACGCCAAUUGCAUACAAACUUUUCACCCUCAAGCUAUAUUCAGCCCUGUGGUCUAGAGAGCUUUGCUGCUCUCCAGGCCGUCAUACCGCCCAGACCUUUACCAUCUUAGGAGCUGCCUGCUCGACUCACCCCUUCUAGCCAUGCGGAUAAGACUGCCCUUUGCAGGUGUUUUCCUGCUUUUGCUGCUGCUGGCUGGCUACGCCGGUCUCUCUACUCUGCAGCUCGGCGGCUAUGUGAACGACAAGGUCCUCCAUUUCGUAACCUUCUUCCUUCUGACGAUCGUUUUCUACUGGAUCGUUGAUACCAGCCGCCGGAGAACUUUGAAUAUGACUAUCCUUGUCUGCACUGUCAUCCUGGGCAUCGGAUCCGAAUUCGUGCAGAGUUUCCUCCCCAACGAUCGAGAUUUCGACCUCUAUGAUAUCGUUGCAAACAUUAUCGGCAGUUUACUCGGAGCUGGAAUUUGUGCAUGGUAUCACAAGCGAAUGCUUGAGCGAAAAAGACAGCGCAAGCAUUAUGACGCCGUCCCGGGCGAAGAUACCGAAGACGUAGAGCUCGGGGAUGGCCAGGAAUCGGGAAUCCUGAGUGCGUCGACCCGGAGCAGGACUCUCGAAGAGGAGGUCGACAAUUGGGAUGAGAAUGAAGAGGAUAACUGGGACGAUGACAACGCAUUAGAUACCGAGACGCCGCCAGCUGCAGCAGCCAAUGGAGCCGACGCAGCUGAUAGCCGGGAACCCAAGAAGCGUACAGACUGAAAAAUUGGCUUAGUAUCUGGAGUUUAGGGAUAGCCUGGGCACUAUUUCAUGUCUACUACACAAAUACGGCCAUAGAAUUGGGCUGCUAGCUUUUUUUGUGUCAAGGGGCAUGUUGCCAAUGCAUAAUAUAUAGAUUGCAGUGGGCGGAGGAGAUAUAUGCGCUCAUAUUACUUAGCUGUCGGUUCUUCGGAAAUGAAGGAUAAAAAUCUCACUACUAGCUUACGGAUUUUCUUCUCACGAAGAUAUGAAAUACAAAAUUUCCAUAACGAGCACUUACGUACGUUAUGGCCAUAGCUGGUUACAGACCCAAGGUAGGUACUAGCUGUCAUAUACAUGACAUCUGCUCUGUUC